CAAAAAGCGGCGGGGGCCGGGGCCGGGCUGGGCAGGGCCGGGCCGGCACCAUGACGGAGACCACCAAGACGCACGUUAUCCUGCUGGCCUGCGGCAGCUUCAACCCCAUCACCAAGGGCCACAUCCAGAUGUUCGAGCGAGCCCGGGACUAUCUGCACAAGACCGGGCGGUUCAUCGUCAUCGGUGGGAUCGUCUCGCCCGUGCACGACUCCUACGGCAAGACGGGCCUCGUCUCCAGCCGCCACCGCCUGACCAUGUGCCAGCUGGCCGUGCAGGCCUCCGACUGGAUCAGGGUGGACCCCUGGGAGUGCUACCAGGACACCUGGCAGACCACCUGCAGCGUGCUGGAGCACCACCGUGACCUGAUGAAAAGAGUGACAGGCUGCAUCCUCUCCAAUGUGAACACCCCCUCCUUGACCCCGGUGAUCGGACAACCCCAGAACGAGUCUCCACAGCCCAUUUACCAGAACAACAACACCGUUUCCAACAAGCCUACCGCAGCAAAGAUCUUAGGGAAGGUGGGAGAAAGCCUGAGUCGGAUUUGCUGCGUUCGCCCACCAAUGGAGCGCUUCACCUUUGUGGAUGAAAACGCAAACUUGGGGACAGUGAUGAGAUACGAGGAGAUUGAGCUUCGCAUCUUACUGCUGUGCGGCAGCGACCUGCUGGAGUCCUUCUGCAUCCCUGGUCUCUGGAACGAGGCUGAUAUGGAGGUGAUUGUCGGGGAGUUCGGGAUCGUGGUGGUGCCACGGGAUGGAGCAGACCCUGAUCGGAUCAUGAACCAUUCCUCAAUACUCCGCAAGUACAAAAACAACAUCUUGGUAGUGAAAGAUGACUUGAACCAUCCCAUGUCGGUCGUCAGCUCAACCAAAAGCAGACUGGCCCUGCAGCACGGGGACGGACACGUCGUGGAUUACCUCUGUCAGCCCGUCAUUGACUACAUCCUCAAGAGCCAGCUCUACAUCAAUGCCUCCGGUUAAGAGCCAGGCGUCUCGCAGCGAGACAGCCCUGUUGUCCCAGUUCCCUACAGCUCUCCAUCACAUUUCUC